AUGAUGCCGACCAUGUCUGCUUCAAACCUCGAAUCAACUGUUUUGCCUGACCGUUUAUCCAUGGACAACAGUGACCUCCAAAGCGCACAGCUUCGAUAUGAACAGGAACGCAAGAAACGCCUACGACCUGAUGGCCCUGCCCAAUAUGUCAAGUGGUCUGAUGACACCACGACCACCUCCCUCCCUAAAGAAAACAUCGCCAAGAAUGACAACCUGAUUCAGCAACAGCAGUUUCGGGUUAUCAUUGUCGGUGCUGGCUUUGGUGGACUGCUGUUUGCAGUGCGACUAUUGCAGUCGGGACUCAUCUGUGAGACUGGCAUCAUCUUCAUAGAUACUGCAGGGGGUUUUGGGGGAACAUGGUGGUGGAAUCAAUAUCCUGGCUUGGUAUGUGACAUUGAAAGUUACACUUACAUGCCUUUGCUGGAAGAAACAAAAUACAUGCCGUCGCAAAAGUAUGUCAGUGGCGCUGAGCUGAAAGAUCAUGCAAAUCGAAUUGCCGAUCAAUGGAACCUGACCGAUCGGGCAUUGUUCCAAGCAAAGGUCAACAACUUGACUUGGAAUGACCAUGAUGGCCGAUGGAUAGCUCACAUCACACCAGAUGGCCAAUCCCCCAUCACCCUCCAAUCGGACUUUGUUAUAAUGGCUACUGGGUUGCUUGAGUGUGCCAAGAUACCAAACCUGGAUGGGCUUGAGACAUACAAAGGGAAGGUUUUUCAUACCUCGCGCUGGGAUUAUGGAUACACCGGAGGAAGUCCAGUCAACCCAACAAUGCAUAACCUACAGGAUAAGACCGUUGGGUUUGUCGGAACCGGAGCAUCGGCCGUGCAAGCCAUCCCAUACCUUGCUCAAUGGGCCAAGAAGUUGAUGGUAUUCCAGCGCACCCCGUCUGCGGUAGAUUCGCGUCAGAACCGCGCCACUGAUCAUACCUGGUGGGCCAAAAUGGUCAAAGCAGAAGGCUAUGGAUGGCAACGAAAACGCAUGGAUAAUUUCAACGCCUUUGUAUCGAACGAGAAUCCACCGCCAAAGGUAGACCUCGUCGAUGACGGGUGGACCAAGAUGCAGUCAUUGAGCGCACUGCUCGGAGGACCAUCUGGCCUGGAAACAGAUUACCUAACAAAGAUGCAUCAAGUGGAUUUUGGCCGGCAAGAGGCGAUCCGUCUUCGGGUAGAAACGACGGUGACUGAUCAGGCCACAGCCCAAGCUUUGAAGCCAUGGUAUCCCGGGUGGUGCAAGCGCCCAUGUUUCAGCGACACCUUCCUCGAAGCAUUUAACCAGCCGAAUGUGUCGCUCGUGGAUACUGAUGGAAAUGGGGUCCGUACCGUGACGGAGUGCGGGAUCCAAGUGGACAACAAGGGGUAUGACUUGGAUGCCAUCAUAUUUGGGACCGGUUAUACCCUUGGCGGUAGCGCGGAUCUUGGGGAUUUGAGGGUAACUGGACGAGACAACCAGACGUUACAAGCAAAGCAGCAGGAUGGACUCAGCUCACUCCAUGGAGUCAUGACGCAUAAUUUUCCCAACCUGUUUUUUCCGGGGCCAUACCAAUCGGGAGCUUCCGCAAACCAUGUAUACGUUCUCGAUCAACUUGCAAUUCAUGUUGCCUACAUGAUUUCAGAAGCGGGGAGGUUGAUCUCAGAGGAAACGGGCUCGGAACUCACCACUGCUAGGUUCACGGUUGAGCCUAGCUUGGUCUCAGAAAACGAAUGGACUUUGAAAAUUUUGAAUGGGGCACGAGCACUAGGAGGUGUGCUCAGUUGCACCCCUGGUUAUUAUAACCGGGAAGGACUUCAGCUUGGCGACCAAGAAGCCUCAAUGGUGGCACGGUUGAGCAUCUGGGGCGAGGGGAUCAAGAGCUAUGUCGAAGAAAUUGAAUAUUGGCGACAAACAGGCGGGUUGAUCGGACUGAAUAGGUAUUUAGUCUCCAAAUGA